UGAGACCGGAAGUGUGACCUUUGUCGUUGUCAGAAAACAAGAACGCAUGUGUUUCGGUUUAACUGAUAAAAGCUUAUAACGUGUCAAGUGGUUUUUAGCUGGACUCGAGCUGUCUAGACACAUAUUCUACUUCCAAGAGACACAGUCGCUCCUUUCUUUCUUUCAAGCUGGCGAAGGCACCUGAAGCUCACCGCUUAUAAUGUCGCAGGCCACCAAACGCAAACACGUCGUCAAGGAGGUUCUUGGAGACUUCGUCACGCCCACUGAAAACCAGCAGAUUGUGAAGGUUAUUGGGAGCCGUGGUAACAACCUCCACGAAACUGUCACGGCUCAGGGUGAGACCUUCCUGGUGAGCAUGCCCACCAAGUUCCGCAAGAACAUCUGGAUCAAGAGAGGUGACUAUGUGAUCGUGGAUCCUAUUGAGGAAGGAGAGAAGGUGAAGGCAGAGAUCAGUUUCAUUCUCUACAAAGAUCACAUUCAGUACCUGCAAAAACAGCAGCUCUGGCCAAAGGGGUUUCUGGAGGAGCCGCCAGUGCAGGACAAGACAAACAAACAACAGGAGACGGAAGAAAAAGACGAGGAAGAGGACGUUAGCGACUCUGAAGACGAUGAGAGCGACCUCUUCGUGAACACCAACCGCUGUAACUACCAGUACAGUGAGAGUGAGGAGGAGGACAGUGAGGAAGAAGAUGAGGACAAAUAGGCGAGGACCGAAAAUGGUUUAUGGUGGGAGCACUGAGGACAAUGACAAUUGAGAGUGAGAGUUGUGAAAAUCACAUGACAGUGUGCUCUGCUGGGCUGCUGUUAUCACUGACUGAUGUGGUGAUGAUGAUUUGAAUGCAACAGCUCCCUCUGCAGUUACAGAUGCCUGGGCUCACUCUGUGGACUUGAAUUUACAAAGUAAGGACAAAUAAGUCAUGCUUUUAAAAUUAAUCAUUGAGUUGAAAUUUUACAGACAUUGAAUAAGAAUCCUGUGAUUUUCCAUGUCGGUUAGAAAUUCUGUAUGAUAACUUUUGACUGUCGUCUCUCUUUUCCUCACUGAAAAAAUAUCACACACUAAAGGGUGUUUAUAUACUGACCUCCAGUGGAGCCAUUACUGUAUUUCCAGUACAUUAUAUAUCCAGGCAAGACAGCACAUUUGCAGGGUAAUGCUAAUGUCAACUGUUAUAUCUGUUCAGCCUCCUCUAUAGGACAAAAAAAAAUCUGUUAGAAACUCGCUAAAUGAUGAUAUUGUUGUCACUGCUACGUAAAACACACUCUUGUUUAUUGACUUAUUUGCUGACUUUUUAGAGGUGUGUGUGGCGUGGCGAGAAUUGAGACCCCUUUCCUGUAUUACCAGUCCUCUGGAGGAUGUUCUUUUAACUAACUAGGCCGUUACUGCCCUUUCACAGAGCCCCUUUAUGGUGCUGAUUGUAUUGAUUUGAAUUCCAAUGAAUGCUGCCAAUAGCCACAAUCAUGUAUUUUGUCACAAGAAUGGGACGAUGUUGUCAGAUUGCUCUAGUUUCAGCUGACCUUGUAUAACGCUGUACUUCAGAGCUGGUCAUUCCUAACUCAGUUGCUGAUUUUGGUUUGUGUAAUGAAAAAAAUUUUUGGAAAUAGA